AUGCUCAAAUACGCACAUGAAAAAGCUUUGACGUGGGAUGAAAGCACAACCCAAGAUGCUGCUCGCAAUGGCCAUCUGGAAAGCCUGAAAUACGCUCAUGAAAAUGGUUGUCCUUGGGACAGUGGCACAUGUAUCUAUGCUGUUGAGAAUGGCCACUUGGAUGUCCUAAAGUAUGCCAUUGAGAACGGAUGUCCGUUGGAUGAUGACGACAUAUGCAGUCGAGCCGCUUGGCAUGGCCAUUUGGACAUCCUCAAAUACGCACAUGAAAAAGGUUGCCCGUGGGACAGCCGCACAACCCAAUUUGCUGCUCGCAAUGGCCAUUUGGAAAUCCUCAAAUAUGCUCAUGAAAAUGGUUGUCCUUGGGAUGACAACACAUGCAGCUGUGCUGCUCGCAAUGGCCAUUUGGAGUGUCUCAAAUAUGCCCAUGAAAACGGCUGUCCUUGGGAUGAAGACACAUGCCGUUCUGCUGCUUUGAAUGGUCAUGUGGAUUGCCUCACAUAUGCCCAUGAGAAUGGCUGUCCAUGGGAUGUGGACACUUGCUGCUUUGCUGCUGCGAAUGGUCAUUUGGAAUGCCUCAAAUAUGCCCAUGACCAUAGCUGCCCAUGGGAGGAAGGAACAUGCUGCUGUGCUGCUGUCAAGGGCAAUUUUGUUUGUCUCAAAUAUGCCCAUGAGAACGGCUGUCCAUGGGGUGACGGGAUGACAACCGUCAAUGCUGCCUCCUACGGCAAUCUGGAGUGUCUCAAAUAUGCCCAUGAAAACGGCUGUCCUUGGGAUGAAGACACAUGCAUGGCUGCUGCUAAAAAAGGCCAUUUGGAUUGUCUCAAAUAUGCCCAUGAGAACGGCUGUCCAUGGGAUGAAAACACAUGCUGCUUUGCUGCUGAAAAUGGCAAUGUUGAAUGCCUCCAAUAUGCCCAUGAAAAUGGUUGUCCAUGGGAUGAAGAGACAUGCAGCAAUGCUGCUGAAAAAGGCCAUGUGGAAGUGCUCCAAUAUGCUGUACAGAAUGGUUGCCCAUGGGACAGAGAUGAAGUCUUGAGGGAAGGUACUUCAGAGGUGAGGUUUUGGGUUCAAAAUAUGUUAUCCCAGAGGAAUGCAUAA